AUGAACUCACUAUAUAACCACGGCGUCAAGCAGACGCAGCUCCUUACGCGAGAUCUAGCCUCGCUAGAAAAGAAUUUGAGCACGUCGCCCAUGUCGCUCCAAGGCACAAUUAUUACGUCGCUCACGGCAUUCAAAAAGACCAUCAAAGAGUACAAGGACUUAGUCAACCAGAAUUCGUUCACGGAGGAGAAACACCAGGCACGGUUGGAGAAGUUCCAGGCAGAUUUGGCACAGUUUUCGGCGAAAUUUGAUAGUUUGCGCCAACAGAGAGACCUUCAGCUCCAGGCCGAGUCUCACCUGGAAUUGUUAGGUAGAAGAACCGCCGCCACAUCGGACAAUCCUUACGAUUCCAACCAGGCAGCCAAUCAGGGCACUCAGCAGCAACUGUUGUCAUAUCUGGAGGGGCUUUACAAAGAGAAACAGUCGCUUUCUAGAGGCAGUCAGCAACUUGACCAGAUUCUCGAGAUGGGCCAGAAUGCUUUUGAGGAUUUGGUGGAGCAGAACGAGACGUUGCAGCGAUUGGGUGCUACUUUCGAGAGGAGUAUGCUCACGCUUGGCGUUAGUCAGGGCACUAUUCGUCGAGUGGAGCGCCGAGCCAAACAGGACAAGUGGCUCUUCUGGGGUGGAGUGUUCUUGAUGUUUGUCAUGUGCUACUAUAUCAUCAAGUGGUUCCACUAG